UCGGGUCCCACUACAGGCACUGCAAAACCCUAAACCCAAAGUUCAGCUGUUCAUCGUUUUCUAUUACCACCAAAGCUGGUUGCUCGCCGCCGCAGUUUGACGGCCAUCGCCGGUUUCUUUCCUCCGCACGGUUGUCGCUCCUGGUUCCCCAAUUCUUACAGUACAGCUUAGAAGGAAGCUUCUUCUGUUAUAUCCAAGUGCAACUGCAAAUAUAGCAGGAUUAGCCAUGUCGAGGAUAUGUGUGAAGAAUCUCCCAACAGAUUAUGCGGAGGAUAAGCUAAGAGAAUUAUUUUGUCCGAAAGGACAAGUCACUGAUGUCAAGCUUAUGCGUACCAAAGAUGGAAAGAGUCGCCAAUUUGCUUUUAUUGGAUUUAGUUCAGACCAUGAAGCGCAAGAAGCUAUUCGAUAUUUCAAUAGUAAUUAUUUCGGUGCAUCUAGAAUUACAUGUGAGGUAGCUCUAAAACUUGGUGAUGCAAAUCUUCCGCGUCCAUGGAGUCGACAUUCUAAAAAGAAGGACAAUGAAGUGACCACCCCAGAUGCAAACAAACAUGUUAGAGCUAAAGAUAAAGGAAACAAGUCUAAGGACAUUGUUGAUAUUGAUGACCCGCAGCUUCAAGAUUUUCUUCAGGUCAUGCAGCCUCGGGCUAUGUCUAAAUUGUGGGCAAAUGAUACAUCAAUUGUAUCCAAUGUUAGCAACAACCAAGAAAUAUCAAAUAAGGACAGAAAAGGUAGAAAAGGUAUGCCAGAAGUGAUCUAUCCCAUCUCAGUUGAAAGUGGCUCGGUAGUAGAUGAACUUCCAAACAAUCCUGAACCCAACCAGUCACGUGAAGUUGAACAUCAUAAAGUGAUUUCUGAUAUGGAUUAUUUCAAGAGUCGAGUCACAAGUGAGUGGUCUGAUUCUGAAAGCAGUGAUUCUGGAGAAGACAGUGACGACAAGGAUUCAAUGUGCAUUGAUGAUGAUGACAAAGACAAUCAUAGUCAUGCUAGUGAACAUGAAGAAAACUGUGAUAAGAACCCUUCUGAAAGAACCCCAAGAAAAUGUGCUCAGGAGUUAGAUCUAGAGGGUCAAAAAGAUAGCUGUGGAGACGGUGUUGCCCCUAAUAAAGCUCAAGUAAAUGAAACUGUGCAAGAAUCAUCAAAUCCUGAAGAUGCUGGAGGAGUUUUUGAGUCCUGUCGACUGUUUGUCCGAAAUCUGCCAUAUACCACCACUGAGGAAGAACUGCACCAGCAUUUCAGUAGUGUAGGACCUGAAGGUACUGUCUCAGAGGUUCAUCUAGUUGUUGAUAAAGAUACGAAGCGGUCCAAAGGAAUAGGAUAUAUUCGUUAUUCAGAUCCGGAAUCCGCAGCCAGGGCGGUAGAAAACUUUGACAGUUCAAUUUUUCAAGGAAGAUUGUUGCAUGUUAUGCCAGCCAUACAAAGACCUUCAAACAAAGAGAACAAUGUUUCGAAGGACCAGAGCUCUAAAACUCUCAAACAACGUAGAGAGGAAGAGAGGAAAGCAGCUGAAGCCGGUGGAGAUACCAGAGCAUGGAAUAGUCUGUUUAUGCGCCCUGAUACAGUUGUGGAAAAUAUUGCUCGGAAAUAUGGUGUAAGUAAAAGUGAUUUACUUGAUCGAGAAGCUGAUGAUCUUGCUGUCCGCAUGGCUCUGGGAGAAACCCAAGUGAUUACAGAUACUAAAAAUGCAUUAACUAAUGCUGGAGUGAAUGUGGAGUCUCUAGAGGAACUUGCUAAUCAUAAAGUUGAUGGCUUGAAAAGAAGUAGCCAUGUGCUUUUAGCGAAGAAUUUGCCCUAUGGGUCGACAGAAAGUGAACUAGUGAAGUUGUUUGGGAAAUUUGGUAGUUUGGAUAAAAUAAUUCUCCCUCCGACAAAAACUUUGGCCUUGGUUAUUUUCCUUGAACCCGGAGAAGCAAAAGCAGCUUUUAGAGGUUUAGCUUACAAGCGUUACAAGGAAGCUCCAUUAUACCUGGAGUGGGCUCCUUCCAAUAUUCUUAGCCAAAGUUCAACGUCUAAAAGUAAUGAAAUGAAUGGUGGAAUUGGUGAAAAUGAUGCUAAACGUAUGAUAUUGGAGCAAAAUGUGGAAAGAAUAUCGGAUGUGGAUAUUGAUCCAGACAGAGUAGAGGCUCGGUCGCUGUUUGUCAAGAAUCUAAAUUUCAAGACAACAGAAGAGAGUUUGAGGAAACAUUUUAGUGAACACAUUAAAGAGGGAAGAAUUAUGAGUGUCAAGGUGAAAAAGCAUUUGAAAAAUGGGAAAAAUGUUUCUAUGGGGUUUGGAUUUCUUGAGUUUGACUCCAUGGAGAUGGCUACAAAUGUUUGUAGAGAUUUACAGGGCACUGUUUUGGACGGGCAUGCUCUUAAUUUACAACUUUGUCAUGCCAAGAAUGAUAGACCAGUACCAAGGUCGGUUGAGAAGGAUAAGAGUUCAACAAAAUUGCUUGUAAAAAAUGUUGCUUUUGAGGCAAAAGCGCAGGAACUGAGAAAAUUGUUUGACCCGUUUGGCCAGAUUAAAAGCUUACGGUUGCCUAUGAAGUUUGGAAGUCAUAGAGGCUUUGCUUUUAUAGAGUAUGUUACUCAGCAGGAGGCACAAAAUGCUCUUACAGCGCUUGCAAACACUCACUUCUAUGGUAGACAUCUGGUGAUAGAGAGAGCAAAAGAAGGUGAGAGUUUGGAUGAACUGCGGGCUCGAACAGCUGCACAAUUUAGUGAAGAUAAUGGAUUUCAAAAUGCUGCUAGGUUGUCCAAGAAAAGGAAGCUCAGUAUUUUAGAUGAAUGAAUAUGAAGUUUGAAGGUUAGUUGAUUAGUCCGAGGCCAGAGAUUCAAGUGUUUGUGCAUACAUAUCCUGAACUGAAGUCCAGGGAUGACAAUUUUGUAGAUUGAAAGUUUUAUAAGAUGCCAUGAUGUUCCUGACAUGAACUACUAUUGACACUGUCUGAAAGAUUGAGCAAAAGGAUGUUGUCAUAUUCACUAAUUUUAAAAAAAGUUUGAUUUAUAAAUGAGAUUAUUUGAAAAGUACUGGAAUAUGUCGAUUUGAUUUGAAGUUAUUUAUCACAUUAUUUUGAAGAGUGUUUGUAUGCAA